GCCACGCUGCUAUCCCCGUGAAGAGUAGCCAGCCCCAUUCCCGGCCCGCUCCGGGCUUCCAGACCCGAUGAGUUGCUGCCAUCAAGAGAGGAGCGUUGCAGUCGAGCACAGCCAAGCAACGCCAAGCCAAGGGACGCCCAGUGGGUGAGGCCUGGCCCUGGGGGUGGGGGGCGGCAGGGACCCAUUCCCCCCCACCUCCCCAAACACACCAUUGCCCAGCUCCCAACCCCGUCACCGACCCCCUCCCCCGGGCUGGGGGGCUCCCGGGGAUGGACGGGCCGAGGGACGGGCCUGCAAGAGCCGGCUGGGGCCCACCUGAGGUCCGGGGGACCUGGAGAGCGAAAGAGAGGGAGCGUGUGCUUUGUGUGUCCACGUGUGUGAGCGUGUAGCCGCACGUGUGUGUCUUGGUGCCGUACCCAUGGGUUUGCAGGGGGGUACGGGCGCCCAAAUGUGUCUGUUUGCAGCUGUGGGGCCCCGGGCCGGCCCGCCCGGGGCUCGCCAUGGCCCGGCCCCCGGGCCCAGGAUGGCUUCCGCCCUUGCUGCUGCUCCUCCAGGCCGUCUCGCGCCCAGGCCGGGGCGAGCCGGCACCGCACAUCGACGGGCGGAUUUGGGCAGCGCGGGCCUUGCGGGAGGACGAGCGUCGAGCCUUCACCUGCCGGGCCCAGGGCGACGGGCACCAGGCCCCCCGGCUGGCCUGGUACCUGGACGGGCAUUUGCAGGAAAGCAACAGCUCGCGGGUGCUGAGCGCGGGCAGCGGGGCCGUGGUGCGGGCCGCCGCCGCCACCACCUUCGUCGUCACUGCCCGGCGGGCACAGCGUGAGCUCAACUGCUCCCUGAUCGACCCCACCACCGGCCGGGCGGCCAACGCCUCCGUCAUCCUCGACGUGCAAUUCAAGCCAGAGAUCGCCCAGGUUGGCGCCGAGGCCCAGGAGGCCCAGGGCCCGGGGCUCCUCGUCGUGCUGUUCGCCCUGGUCCGUGCCAACCCCCCUGCCAACGUCACCUGGACCGACCAGGAUGGGCCGCUGCCGCUCAACGCCUCGGACGUCCUGGUGCUGGAUGCCAAGAGGUACCCCUGGCUGACCAACCACUCGGCGCAGCUGCGGCUCCACAGCCGGGCGGGCAACCUCUCCGUCGUCGCCGCCAACGCCGUGGGCGUCACCAGUUCCUCCCUCCCGGCCCCAGGGCUCCUGGCUACCCGGGUGGAGGUGCCAGUCCUGGGCCUCGUGGUGGCUGGCGCCCUGGCCUUGGGUCCCGUGGCGGGGCUCGGCGCCCUGGUGGCCCGCCUGGUGUGCAGGAAGAACCGGAAGGCGGCAGUCCCCUCCCGGCGCCCAUCUCUGCUCUCCAGCGACUCCAACAACCUGAAACUCAACAACGUGCGGCUGCCUCGUGAGAACAUGUCUCUGCCCUCCAACCUGCAGCUCAACGACCUGACCCCCCGCCGUCCCGGUGCGUGCCCACCUCUCCGGCCGCUCGGCCUCCGGAGGCCGCGGGUCCUGCCCCUGAGCCCCGCUUUCCCCCAACAGGCAGACCUGGCAGCGGGCCUGACGUCCCGGACCCCUCGACUGGCACCCUUCUCAGCGGCCAAGGCUUCAUCCACCUCCCAACACUGGGCUACAUCUACCGGGUGUCCAGCGGGAGUAGCGACGAGAUUUGGCUGUGACCGCCUGUUCCUGGGGCGGAGCGGGUGAUGCCCCUCUCGUGCCCCCACCUCGCCCUUGCAGCUGUUGAGACAGGAGGACCACGGGCCCACGUUUGGAUCUCCAGUGGAGUCCGGGGGGGAAUGCCCCUGGGGUCGGGGAUGCCCACAGGGCAUCCGUGGGGUGGUAGAGAGAUGUCACGUGCAACUGCUGCCAUGUGUAUAGGGGCAUUUUGAAGUGGGGGGUGAUGAGGCCGUGCUGGUAGCACUGGUCCAGCCCUGGAGAGGCCAGUGAUGCCCACGCCAUGGCCCAUGCCAACUGAGGGACCAGUUUCCAAGCUCCCACCACAGCUAAGCCUCGUCCAUGGGCCCACCCCAUAUCAUCAAUCGUAUUUAUUGAGUGCUUACUAUGUGCAGAGCACUGUACUAAGCGCUUGAGCACUGUACCGUAUCCCCCUGUGGCUCUCCAGGGACUGGGGACGGGGCGGUGAGUGGGUUCAUUCCCAUGGCCAGCGGCCAACACAGGGCACCUUGCUUUACUGACCCACUAAGAGUGGUAUUUGUAGCGCUUACUAUGUGCAAAGCACUGCCCUAAGCGCUGCAGAGGUUACAAGGUGAUCAAGUUGUC